AAAAAGCAAAAGCCACCACAGCAGUAACAGGAAUAGCACACCCAGGGGCCCACUUGCAAAACAACAAUAAGCCUUCCCCACACGGCCUCAAUAUGCAUGAAUCCCUUCCGGGCAGUUACCACAAAGUUUAAACAGGAAGUCAGGACUAAAGAGUUAACAAGGGGCCCAGCUCGUCGACAGUCCUCCCAGCUCUAUGGUUAGUCAUCCUAAGAUGCCGGUUCUCUUUUAUCAGGCUGGAAGGGACAUCUCUCAGGGCGCCAGGGCUGGAGCCCCGACUGCUCUGUGCAAGCAGCUCACGGUGCCCGCGGGGUCCAAGCUGGAGACAGGCCAUUCCAGGAGCCACGGCUCACACACUAAGUCCCGCCCACAAGACAUGGGGUCCGCCCACAACUGAACUCCGCCCCGAGGCCCCGCCCCUUGACCAAGCACCGUGCAGAUAGACCCCGCCCUCAGCAAUACAGGCCGGACUUCUCACCCUAAGCUCCACCUUCAUGGCUCCGCCUUCCUGGCGCAGGUCGACUGUUUUCCAGACAGGCCUGGGCCCUAAGCCCCGCCCCACGUGGGCCCAGCUUUGCUCUGCCCCGCCCCAGGUCCGCUCCCCGGUGCAGGCCCCGCCCCCGGUUCCGGCAGCUGCCCGCCAGCGCAGGCGCCUUGUCGCAGCGCCUCAGCGCGCCGAGGUGCCAUGGUGCCGGUGCCGGUGCCGCCGCCGCUGCUGUCGCCGCCUCUCUGCACGCUGCCGCCGGGCACCGGGCCCGCGCGCUUCGUGUGCUACUGCGAGGGGGAAGGAGUUGGGGCCAAAGGCCAAGGCGGCUUCAACAUCUAUGUGACAGACGCCGCGGAGCUUUGGAGCACCUGCUUCACGCCGGAGAGCCUGGCGGCCCUCAAAGCCCGUUUUGGCCUGAGUGCAGCUGAGGACAUCACCCGCAGGUUCAGGACAGCCUGUGAGCAGCAAGCUGUGGCUUUCACCCUGCAGGAAGACGGAGCAUCCCUGACCGUUUCAGGGGGGCCCUUGGCACUGGACUUGAACCUCUCCAAGGUGCCAGGCCCAGAGGCAGCCCCCAGGUUGCAGGCACUGACACUGGGCCUGGCAGAGCGCGUGUGCAGCUUGGAGCGGCGGCUGACAGAGGAGACAGCUGCCAGCCCCAGGAAGAGCUCUCGGCUGGUGGGGCCUCAGCAAUUCUUACCAGACCCGGAUCCUCAGAGAGGCAUCCCUGGACCUGGCGUCAGGAGGCGGUGUCCUGGAGAGUCCCUCAUCAACCCUGGCUUCAAGAGAAGCCAGCCAGCGGUGUGGAUUUUGAUGAUCUCUGACGUGCAGCAAAAAAUGAUCCUGCUGGGAGCUGGAACGAGGCGAGGAGCAGCCCCUGAGACCUCACAACGUCCACCUGCCUGUCCUGCCGUCCAGCGGCAACAAACCUUGAGCUCCCUCCCCAUCAAAUAAAUGGCUUCCUCAGGCAGA